AUGUCCACUAGUGCUAUGACCGACGAUUAUCCCAUGGCUGAGGUCUCCAUUACUGAGGAGACCAAGAUGCCUGAGCCUGCCAAGAAAUCGCAGCUUCUUGUCAUUCUGCUCUGUCUCUUUGCCGCCAUGGGCGGUUUUGUCUUUGGCUAUGACACUGGUACCAUUUCUGGCUUCAUCAACAUGGACCCUUUCCUAGAGAGCUUUGGAGAAGCCGAUGAGUCUGGCGUUUUCUUUCUAUCCCGAAUCCGAGCUGGGCUCAUUGUUGGACUCUUUUCCAUUGGUGCUUUCCUUGGCACCCUUCUUGGUGGCUUCCUUGCUGACAAGGUUGGUCGAAAGAAGGGAAUUGUCUAUGUCGCCAUGGUCUACAUUGUUGGUAUGCUUAUCCAGAUCACAGCCUUCACAGCCUGGUACCAGAUUGCCAUUGGUCGUGUCAUCGGUGGUGUUGGUAUUGGUGCACUCUCUGUGCUGGUCCCCAUGUUCCAGUCAGAGACUGCUCCCCAGAAUCUUCGAGGCGCUCUUGUCUCUUCUUUCCAGCUGUUUAUUACUCUCGGCAUCUUCAUUGGAUUUAGUGUUUGCUACGCUACCAAGUCGCGGCUCGAUACCGGUGCCUACCGAAUCCCCAUGGGUCUUUGCUUCGCCUGGGCUUUUAUCCUUCUCAUUGGCAUGUGCUUCAUGCCAGAGUCCCCUCGAUUCCUGGUUUCAAUUGGCCGCAUUGAGGAGGCCCGAAAGGCUAUGGCCAUGACAAACCAGGUUCCUCUCCACGACGCUGUCAUUGAUGAGGAACUCAAGGCUAUUGAGAACUCUGUCAUUAGGGAAAAGAGUGCUGGUAAGGCCACAUGGAAAGAACUUUUCACUGGCGAGCCCCGAAUGGGCUACCGGCUUACCCUUGGUAUUCUCGUCCAGGUUCUCCAGCAGCUCUGUGGUGCCAACUACUUUUUCUAUUACGGAACUUCUAUCUUCAAGGCCAUUGGAAUGUCGGAUUCUUUCGCUACUUCGAUGAUCUUUGGCGGAAUCAACCUCCUGUCUACCUUUGGAGGUCUCUACAUUGUUGAUCGAUUCGGUCGACGAAAGUGCCUUCUUGGUGGAGCCAUGGUCAUGUUUGUCUGUUUCCUCGUCUAUUCUACUGUCGGGUUCGCUGCUCUUUAUCCCAACGGUGAUACCACCCUUCCCGCCAGAAAGGCUGUUGGUGAUGUCAUGAUUCUGUUCACCUGUAUCUUCAUCGCCGCUUUCGCCUCUACGUGGGCCCCUAUUGCCUUCGUCGUUGUUUCUGAGACCUUCCCUCUCAGAAUGCGAUCAAAGGGAAUGGCUGUUGCUACUGGAGGAAACUGGAUGAUCAACUUCCUCGUUUCUUUCCUGACUCCCUUCAUCACCAGUUCCAUUGGGUUCAAGUACGGUUAUGUCUUCACUGCUUGCAUUGGUUUCGCCAUUAUCUUUGUCUUCUUCUUCAUCCCUGAGACCAAGGGUCUGUCCCUUGAGGAUGUUGACGAGCUGUACGCUUCAGGUGUCAGUGCUCGAAACUCCCCCAACUGGGUUCCUUCUUCCAAGAAGCAGGAAGUCAACGAACCUAAGAACAGUAUGACCGACUUCUCCGAGUCCUCUUAG